ACUAAUAAUAAUAAUAAUAAUAAUACGCCAUUAGUGUUUCUUAAAUGGCGGCUUUCUCUCUUCCGGCUAAAUAAAUACCAAAAUCCUUGCGACGUACCGCAUCGGCCUGCAAGAUCUUACCGUUGCCCAACUCGUUGAUCCCGACCAGGUGCGGAGGAGCUGCCGAUCUGUCCAAAAUCCCGACUUGUUCUUGUGAGCUUGAUCGAUUUGGACAUCCGAGGGAGGGAUUUUUGGAAGACGGGGCUCGGAACCCUAGAUUCUUGGAUCGAUCGGGAAAGGAUUGGAUCGCGGUCUUCUCGUCGGAGCUGCUUGGGUCGGUGCUAGGUGUCGGGGAAAUGGGGAAGGUGGGAGUGACGACGGCUGUUGUGUGCGCGGCGGCGGCGGCGUGUGCCGUGACGGCGCUUGUCGUGCGUAACCGGAUGCGGAGCUCCGGAAAGUGGGCGCCGGUCGCUGCGGUGGUGAAGGAGCUCGAGGGGCGGUGCGCGACGCCCGUCGGGAAGCUGCGGCAGGUGGCCGACGCGAUGACGGUGGAGAUGCACGCUGGGCUCGCCUCCGAGGGCGGGAGCAAGCUCAAGAUGCUGAUCAGCUACGUUGACAACCUCCCGACUGGGGAUGAGACAGGUCUGUUUUAUGCUUUAGAUCUUGGAGGAACCAACUUCCGUGUCCUACGUGUACAACUGGGGGGAAAGGAGGGGCGUGUUGCAAAGCAAGAAUUUGAGGAGGUUUCCAUUCCACCACAUCUAAUGGUUGGAGGCUCAGAUGAACUUUUUGAUUUCAUUGCUUCGGCUUUAGCAAAGUUUGUUGCUUCCGAAGGUGAAGAUUUUCACCUUCCUGUUGGUAGGCAGAGGGAACUCGGUUUUACCUUUUCAUUUCCAGUGAGGCAAAUUUCUAUAGCGUCGGGCACCCUUAUUAAAUGGACAAAAGGUUUCAAUAUCGAUGGCACGGUUGGGGAAGAUGUGGUGGCUGAAUUGACUAGGGCCAUGGAAAGACAAGGUCUUGAUAUGCGAGUAUCAGCACUGGUUAAUGACACAAUUGGGACAUUAGCUGGUGGGAGAUAUUACGAUAAUGAUGUAGUUGCUGCUGUGAUAUUGGGCACCGGUACAAAUGCAGCCUAUGUAGAGCGUGCUCAUGCAAUACCUAAGUGGCAUGGUCUCUUACCCAAAUCAGGAGAGAUGGUUAUCAACAUGGAGUGGGGAAAUUUUAGGUCAUCUCAUCUUCCUACAACGGACUAUGAUCAAGCAUUAGAUAACGAGAGUUUAAACCCUGGUGAACAGAUUUUUGAAAAGUUAAUCUCUGGAAUGUACCUGGGAGAAAUUUUACGAAGAGUCCUCCUGAGAUUGUCUAAGGAAGCUUCCUUUUUUGGAGACUGUGUUCCACCAAAGCUUGAAGUUCCAUUCAUAUUACGGACCCCCGUUAUGUCAGCUAUGCACCAUGACACGUCAGCCGAUCUGAAAGUUGUUGGGAAAAAGCUGAAUGAAGUUUUAGGGAUCCCCGACACCUCUCUCAAAACAAGAAAAGUGGUAAUCCAGAUCUGUGACAUCAUUGCCAAGCGUGGGGCUCGCUUGGCAGCUGCUGGCAUAGUUGGUAUCCUGAAGAAGAUCGGGCGCGACAAUGCGGUGAAGGAUGGAGGCAGGACAGUUAUCGCCAUGGACGGUGGACUCUACGAACACUACACCAUCUUCAGCGAGUGCUUGCAAUGCACCCUCAAGGAGAUGCUCGGAGAAGAGGCCUCAUCUUCUGUUGUCGUCAAGCUGGCAAGCGAUGGAUCAGGCAUCGGUGCAGCUCUCCUCGCAGCUUCUCACUCUCAGUAUCUACAGCCUGUACUGUCCUAAAGGACUUGUUAAUUUAAUGUUGCGGAAACAAGAUGGUAGUCAAUCUCGCAGAAGGAAAGAAAAAGCGAGAAUUUAUUUACAGAGGUUGCUGUUUCCACCGCUGCCGCCGUAUGUUUGUAUCCUUUUUUUUAUCCUUUUUGCUAUCGUCUCUUCACUAUUGGCAAAUAAGAGGAGGAGAUCUGAUCCCUUCACAAAUCUUAUGGAUUGGUCUCCUGUCUGCAGCUGAUGCUGUGCCAGUAUUUAUCUGUAACAGUGGUUUUCUUCUACACUUUGAUGCAUGCUUGGCUUUGUUCUGUUUCCUAA